AUGACCAAGAAGAUCAUCACCGUGUUCGGCGCCACGGGCGCUCAGGGCGGCAGCGUCGUCAACAUCUUCCUCAACGACGCCAAGCUCAGCAAGGAUUGGCAGGUCCGCGGCGUCACCCGCGAUGCCACCAAGGACUCGUCCAAGGCUCUCGCGGCCAAGGGCGUCGAGGUUGUCGCUGCCGACCUCGGUGACAAGGCUUCGCUGGCUGCCGCUGUCAAGGGCGCUUCGGCCGUCUUCGCCGUGACCAACUACUGGGACAAGAUGGACAAGGAGCUGGAGAUCCAGCAGGGCAAGAACAUUGCCGACGCGGCUCUGGAGGCUGGCGUCGAGCAUUUCAUCUUCAGCUCCCUCCUCGACGUCAACAAGCUAUCCAAGGGCGCCCUCCCCGACGUGUACCACUUUGACAGCAAGGCCGCCGUCGAAGAGUACAUCCGUACGACCUCCCUCCCCGCAACCUUCUUCCUCCCGGGCUUCUACAUGGCCAACCUCCCCGGGGGCAUGUUCCGCCAGACGCCCCCCGACAACGCCUGGGGCCUCAGCCUCCCCGUGCCGGCCAGCGCGCCCAUCCCCUUGUUUGACGCAGCGACCGACACGGGCAAGUUUGUAAAGGGCAUCGUGCUGCACCGCGAAAAGGUGCUCGGCAAGCGGGUAUACGCGGCGACGAGCUACGUGACGGCGGGCGAGGCGGUCGAGACGUUCAAGAAGGUGUACCCGGAGGCGGGCAAGACGGCGCGGUUCAACGAGCUCACGCACGAGCAGUUCAAGGGCGCGCUCAAGGGCCAGGGGAUGCCGGAUUUCGUGGCUGAGGAGAUGUUGCAGAACAUGAGGCUGCUCGACGAGUUUGGGUACUAUGGUGGGGAGAAGCUGGACGAGUCGCACGCGAUUGUUGAGGAUAAGUUGACGACGUGGGAGGAGCAUGUGAAGAAUGCCAAGGCCUUUUCUGGACUGUCGUAG